GUUAAGUGUGUGUUAAUAGCAAGCCUGAAAUUCCUUCGCUCCUUCUCUCCGCAGCACAGUCCAUUCUAAUAAUUCCGCAGCAGUUGGAGCAGGAGAAAGGGAAUUUUCAUUCAAACCAUCACGUUUCCCCAUGAUGAACUUUAGGAAAAUUUCUACGUUCACUUCUAAAUAUUGUUCCCGCAUACACCUGUCUCCCACACUUCCCAAACAAUGCAGUUGGCCAAUCAGCUUCGCAGGAGCACUGUGAAUUCACUUUUGUUGAUAUGUAGCUAGGCAACGGGUCAGUGACAAAAGAGAACUUGCCAUUUCUGUAGCAACGCAAGAUGCUAACGUACUAAUUUCUUAAAUAAGAAAGGAUAUGCUAAGACCUAGCGCUUUGUUUCUGCUUAGUCCUCGGUGUGCACAAAGGAAUCAUUAUGUGGGAGUUUAAGUACUGAGAUUUUAAGAGCCUGCAUUACUGCUUGAAAUUAUUGUAAAGGGGAACAGCUUGAUCAUCCAUGAUACACAUCUAUCCAUGGAAAAUGGACUGGUGGAGAAAGCCUUAGCUGGGUGAAACACAGGAUUUAAAAAAAUAGACACUAAAAAAAUAGUAAAACAGAAAAAACACCACAAAAAGGCAACAUUGCUGGGAGUGUUAGAACAUUGCAAAUGUGCUCAGAUCUAUCACAGCUGCCCUCUGUUUUAGGAUCUUGUACCUCUUUAUCCCAGAGAACUUCAUUGUUUUUAAAGGAACAACAGGUCAACCAAAAGACAACCACAAAGUCCAAAUAAAGAAACACUACAUAAAUCCAGACAUCCUGUUAAUGGAACAUUGUUGACUUCAUGGAAACGGCUUUAAUGAAAAAGACUCUGAGCAAGCACAAUAAAACACUGCCCAAUGCUGGAAAAGUCCUUGCUAACAUCUCCACCAGCUCGUCUUUAAGACAGGCUUCAAAAUCCACUGUUUCAGAUCCUUCCAUGCUCUUGUCAGGAGUGGGUUUAAAUUCUACCCUUAAAACAAGCGCUGGGAAGAAGAGGCCGGGGACUGUGGUGGUAUCAAAACGAUCAAGUACUGGGGGCAGGUCUCAGGAUCAGUGGGAUCGGCCCGUCAUUCCCCCGAGAAGACCUGUCUUCAGGAUCUGCCAUAUCUGUGGCAAAGAGUUUGGGUCACAAUCUCUUCCUAUCCACGAGCCAAAAUGCCUGGAGAAGUGGCAGAUAGAAAACGAUAAGCUGCCCAAACAUCUCAGAAGACCACCGCCCGUUCAACCUCAGGCUCUUCCUGGAGGAUCUCUCGGUACGAUGGCGGAAAACGCAGCAGCUGCUCAAAGUUACAAGCUCCUACCCUGUGAACACUGUGGCCGUACUUUUCUUCCAGAUCGCCUUGCUGUACACCAAAGGAGUUGCAAACCGAAAGCCAGUUCAGGUCCUUCAAGCUACAGCUCCUCUAAAUCACAUAGAUCCACUGGGCCUGCAUCUUCCACCUCAGACAAGCCUGCAUUUAUACGGCGACCCCCAACCGUUAUUUGCUACAUUUGCGGCCGAGAGUAUGGAACUCAAUCCAUAAGCAUCCAUGAACCGCAAUGUCUGAAAAAAUGGCACAUUGAGAAUGAUCAGCUGCCAAAACACUUAAGACGACCCGAACCCAAGAAGCCAGAGGUCGUAUCCAUAGGAGCCAAAGGUUACUAUGAUCUGGAUGCUUUAAACGAGUCUGCCUGGCAAAGCGCCCAGGCCCAGUUAGUUCCAUGCAAUAUUUGUGGUCGUACCUUCCUGCCAGACAGGCUGAUCGUUCACCAGCGCUCGUGUAAGCCGAAGACACCGAAAUAAAAUGUUCCUCCUUUCAAGCCAAAGUUUUUAAAGAACAAGACUCUUCUCUGACCUAGAGGUCAGAGGUCUCAGCAAUGAAGAAUCAUAGCACUAUGUCGAAUCAAGUUCCAAAAAUGACCUGUGUACAAUUAACUGAAUAUUGAUUAUGUAGGUGAAAUAUGGACAUGCCAUUGCUAACAGUGUUUUGCAGCAGUGGUAUUGACCACGCGGUCCAUAAGGAUGAUGGGAGUUCAACUUCUCCGGCGUUCUUCAGAGCAGACCGUGGCCUUAAGACUUCACAGUGAAUACCAUUGUUUCUCGGACACACUCUGUUAUGAAGUGGCUAUGCCUUUUCAGACCCAAGAGUUAGUAAAUCAUGUUUAAGAAUACUUCUUUUUACUGAGGAUGUUCCCGUUCAAAGGCCCUAUCUGCAGCAAAAUGAGGACAAUAAAAGCUUUGGUAGGCUGCUUCAAAAGUGGGCAUUCCAUGUGUUUUGAAGACUAAUAUCUCCAAUCUUGUUUCUCAGGUAUUGACUCUGUAAUGUUAGUGUUAAGUUGUGGGCGAACAUAUCAGACGACACAGCGAUUCUUUAAACAGCUCUUCU